UGUGUGAGGGCGUCAUGGAGACAGUGGUUGGUGUUGCGGGGAGGAUGGUAUCUCUCCCCUGCAGGUAUGACACUGGGACCCUGGUGUGCUGGGGGAGAGGAGCAGAGCCAUCUCUGUUCGGCUGUGAGAACGCAGGCAUCGCUACCAGUGGAGUAGAGGUGACCUACAGGACGUCUUACAGGUCACCAGGUCACCAGGUUACCAGGUCACCAGGUUACCAGGGGAGCUGCAGAGAAAAGACGUCUCUCUCACUAUCAACAACGCCAGAGAGGGAGACUCUGGGUUCUCCCACUGCCGCGUGGAGCUACCAGGACUGUUCAACGAUCAGACGCACACUGUUCGUUUAAUUGUCCAACAAGGUGAGAAUAUACAACUGUAAUCGUGAAUAUAAAAGUGUGGCUUCUGAUUCAUUGAUGCAUGUGAAAUCAUGAAUUACUAUUUUGUUACAUUAAGAGCCAUCGCUACAAUGGAAAAAAUAUGUACUUUUUCCAGAAACAACAAGCCUAUAAAGAGCAUAAUUAUAAUAUUGAAAACGUCUGUAACGUCACCUUAUUUGAUGUGUUUUUAAAAACGAAAAUCUGUUGUUGCCCUGUAGCACCUGUUGUCCCAACUGCGCCAGCUGAACCACUGCCCACCACAGACGUCCCUGGAUCCCCUCUCACACCAGAGAGGAGCCGACAAGGUCUGUUUUGUCUGUCACUUUCUUUAAUGUCACCUCAUGUGUUUCCCCUUAUACCGUUUGAAGCUUGAGAGUGGAAAUAGAACAAAUAUAUACUUUAAUUUCUAGCACCUUUUUCUCCCAACUGCCCCAGCACACCCACUGUCCAUCACAGAAACAUCCGAGUCCCCUCACACCAGAGAGGAGCAGACAACACCACCACUAUCAUUAUCACGAUGAAGAUGAUAAACCUGUAUUGCACAUUAAGAUCAGAAAAAAAUAACAAUACAGUCUGAGAUAUCGUGGAUUUUAUUUAUUACUAGGUAAGCAAGGUCCGAUAUCCUUUGUUUUUCUGAACAUUUCGAACAUUUAUGUCAUUUAGCAGAUGCUCUUAUCCAGAGCAAUUAGGGUCAAGUGCCUUGCUCAAGCGACAGAUUUUUUUCACCUAAUCAGCUCGGGGGUUCAAACCAGCGACCUUUCGGUUACUGUCCCAACGCUUUUAACCGCUAGGCUACCUGCCACGCUUUAUGAGUGCACUACAGGCCCCGUAAUAGGUCUUGUUAAGAGAAUUAAGGCGCAGUAGUGGCUAUAAAGUAGAUCAUAUCCAAAAUGUCCCAAAUCUAAGGAAACAUACAACCAAAAUACUGUACAUAAAUGCCUUUUGUAAAUGUUUUUUUAUGUUGCAAAAUGCAAAUCUUAUGCAAAUACUUAAACAUUUUCUAUUUCAACUUUCUCUUCAAUCACAAUGCCUGAAACAAAAGCUAUGACUAUAACCCACAGCAGAACAUGGCAUCUCCAUCCCUGGAAAGGUACAUAGGACACAGUCAGAGUGGGCGCAAUCAUCUCCAUCCCUGCUUUGAUCCUAGCACUUCUUCUCAGUGAGUGGUGAAGCAUUUUUAAACAGGCAGAAGAAUUACCAAUUUUUCCUUCAAUUAUUGUAUGAAUAAUGUUACUUGUCUUUUUUCAAUCGGGGCAUUAGCUUAAUCAGUGUGUUGUAACUGUCUACUCUUUGUUCAGGGGCUAAUAUUGGCAGCAAUACAUUUAGCUGCUUCAACAGUUUGUCUCUCAGAGUGGAAGUGAAAGAGGUGACUCACUAUUUCUGCUUACUGUGCAUUAAAAGUCAAUUUUUUGUUAUUAAAUGUAAAUAAAUACUCCUCAAGAGAAGAUUUGUCCCUGAGACUUGAUUCUAUACAAAGUGGUAGACUGCGACCUUCCACAAAAUUGACAAGAGAAAACGGUUUUGGUUUUGAAUUUCAAUUCAUGUUGAACUAUGUGAACUUGCAAAAAAACAACUAUUAUACGCACAACAUUAUUUAGAAGUGAAACUAGCUGCGGCACGAAAACAGCGGAGAAGUUUAGCCUCAAGCGGUCAAUGCUGUUGGUUGUUGCAGAAAUCCCACUGACCAUCUCUGCCUUUCUGAUUGCAUGGGAAACAACUGACAGCAGGUGGAAAGGAAGUCAUGUGACUUGAGUGAAAAGACAUACAAAGACACACAUCUGACGCCCCGUUUAUACCUGCCGAUAAUAUGCUGUGUCCUGAUCUUGUCCACAUUCUCAUAUUUUUUUUUUUAUCACUUUUUUGUAUGAUUUCGAGCAUGGAAUUAAAUGAAGUAUAUUUUUGCAUCCCAGCCUCAUUUUUACUUUACAUCACCCUAUCAUGGAGACUCGCUGCAUUUAAGGCUGGUUUCUCCACUGUCUACUUUGAUGUAAGCGAUGCACGAUGGCCCCAUCUCUUUUAGCCUGGUUAUCAACUUGAUAGUUAAUUAAUAAUUUACAAUUGAAAGUCUCUCUGUGCUUCUUUCUCGCUCUCUCUGUCUCUCUUUUCCAGCAAGUGAAUGCACUGUCCCAAAAGUCUUAUGUAUUGAGGGUCAGAUUUUCACUCUGCCAUGUAAAUAUAAUGUAAAAAACUCAUGGUGUAUCAGCCAUAUGCUGAGGGAAAGGAGCCAUACCAAACUCUGGUGGUUG